AUGGGCCGCCUGAACGAGCAGCGCCUGUUCCAGCCUGACCUGUGCGACGUGGACUUGGUGCUGGUGCCCCAGCGCAGCGUCUUCCCGGCCCACAAGGGUGUGCUGGCCGCCUACAGCCAGUUCUUUCACUCACUCUUCACCCAGAACAAGCAGCUGCAGCGCGUGGAGCUGUCCCUGGAGGCGCUGGCGCCCGGCGGCCUGCAGCAGAUCCUCAACUUCAUCUACACGUCCAAGCUGCUGGUCAACGCGGCCAACGUCCACGAGGUGCUGAGUGCUGCCUCACUGCUGCAGAUGGCCGACAUCGCCGCGUCCUGCCAGGAGCUGCUGGACGCCCGCUCCCUCGGCCCGCCGGGCCCUGGCGCCGUGGCCCUCGCCCAGCCGGCUGCCGGCUGCACCCCGGCUGCACCACCCUACUACUGCGACAUCAAGCAGGAGGCCGACGCCCCGGGCCUGCCCAAGAUCUAUGCCCGAGAGGGCCCCGACCCCUACUCAGUGCGCGUGGAGGACGGGGCUGGGGCCACGGGUAGCGCGGUGCCCGCCGCCCUCGGGCCGGCUCAGCCCUUCUUCAAGGAGGAGAAGGAGGGUGGCGUUGAAGAAGCCGGCGGGCCCCCGGCCAGCUUGUGCAAGCUGGAGGGUGGGGAGGAGCUGGAGGAAGAGCUCGGGGGUUCUGGCACCUACAGUCGGCGGGAGCAGUCCCAGAUCAUCGUGGAGGUGAACCUCAACAACCAGACGCUGCACGUGUCCACAGGGCCCGAGGGCAAGCCAGGCGCCGCCACGGGCCCGGCCACCAUGGUGCUGGGCCGGGAGGACGGGCUGCAGAGACACUCGGAAGAGGAGGAGGACGACGACGAGGAGGAGGACGAGGAGGAGGAGGAGGAGGAGGGAGGAGGCAGUGGCGUGGAGGAGGAGGAGGAGGAGGACGAGGAGGGCGGCAGUCAGGGGGAGGAGGAGGAGGACGAGGAGGAGGAAGGGCAGAGCGAGCAGGAGGAGGAAGAGGAGGAGGAAGAGGAAGGGCACAGCGAGCAGGAUCAGGAGAGCUCAGAGGAGGAGGAAGAUGAGGAGGAUGGGGAGGCGGGGGGCCGGCAGGGCGGGCUGGGGCGCCGAGGCAGCCGGGCCGAGCCCCCGGCCCACAGUCGCAUGGCCACAAGGUCCGCCCGGCGCCGUGGCCCCCCUGAGCUGGAGGAGGCCGGGCGGCGGGGCGGGAAGCGGCCAAAGCCCCCUGAAGGAGUGGCUCCCGCUCCUGGCUCCCGAGGGCCACAGGCUGCCGACGGGCUGGGGGCCAAGGUAAAGCUGGAGGAGAAGCAGCACCAUCCGUGCCAGAAGUGCCCGCGCGUUUUCAACAACCGCUGGUACCUAGAGAAGCACAUGAACGUGACCCACAGCCGCAUGCAGAUCUGCGACCAGUGCGGCAAGCGCUUCCUGUUAGAGAGCGAACUGCUGCUGCACCGGCAGACGGACUGCGAACGCAACAUCCAGUGUGUGACAUGUGGCAAAGCUUUUAAGAAGCUCUGGUCCCUCCACGAGCACAAUAAAAUUGUGCACGGCUACGCAGAAAAGAAGUUCUCCUGUGAAAUUUGUGAGAAGAAGUUCUACACCAUGGCUCACGUGCGCAAGCACAUGGUUGCCCACACCAAGGACAUGCCCUUCACCUGCGAGACCUGUGGGAAGUCCUUCAAACGCAGCAUGUCUCUCAAGGUGCACUCCCUGCAGCACUCCGGGGAGAAGCCGUUCAGAUGCGAGAACUGCAAUGAGCGCUUCCAGUACAAGUACCAGCUGCGGUCACACAUGAGCAUCCACAUCGGCCACAAGCAGUUCAUGUGCCAGUGGUGUGGCAAAGACUUCAACAUGAAGCAGUACUUUGAUGAGCACAUGAAGACCCACACAGGGGAGAAGCCGUACAUCUGCGAGAUCUGUGGCAAGAGCUUCACCAGCCGGCCCAACAUGAAGCGGCACCGGCGCACGCACACGGGCGAAAAGCCCUACCCCUGCGACGUGUGCGGCCAGCGCUUCCGUUUCUCCAACAUGCUCAAGGCGCACAAGGAGAAGUGCUUCCGGGUCAGCCACCCCAUGGCCAGCGACGGCGCCCCCGCGGCCCCGGGCCUGCCCCCCGCCCCGCCCCAGGCGCUGCCCCUGCUGCCCGGGCUGCCGCAGACCCUGCCACCCCCGCCGCACCUGCCGCCCCCGCCGCCUCUCUUCCCCACGGCCUCCAGCCCGGGCAGCGGGAGGCUGAGCACCAACAACUAA